CUAAUUCGUACGGCGAGCCCUGAGAUCCGGAGAAUUCCCGACCGCAAGAGGGUGAAUACAAUGAGGGGCUAUGCCUAGAUCAGUAAGCCGGACCCAACUUUCCUAUGCCGAUCUACCCACCCGUAUGCGGCACUCAUUAUUCCUUGACACACAUACAAAGAUCGAUCUUUCGGUCUUCAUGAUCCAAGUCUUCCUCUCUUCUCUCAGACUUUGAUACAUUCUACCCCGGACUCUGUGCAUCCCGAAACCAUGGCCACAUAUCCGCGUCCGGACUUCGAGCGCCCAUACCUCAACUGGAUUUCUCUCAACGGCCUGUGGUCCUUCCUCUUCGACGACAACGACAUAGGCCUCACGCAAGGCUGGCAUCUCUCCGGCCUUCCAAGUGAAGUCGUCGUAGACCCCACUCUUGGCUCGUCUUCGUCGUCAUCGUCGAACAAGGAAAGCGAGAGCAUCACCGCCAAGAUCGCUGCAAACCCACACGACCUUAUUAAAGGAAACACCUUCAAGAAAGAAGAGGAGAAGACGACGCAUAAAAAACUCGGCAUUGUAGUCCCGUACGUGUGGCAAUGCCUGGCGUCGCGAAUCGAGGAGAGGGGCGUGCACGAGGUGUUUUGGUAUGAGAGGGAGAUUGCGGAUCUGAGAAGUACGGCGGAGAAGAGUAGCGGCGAGAGGGUGCUGCUUAGGUUCGGUGCUGUGGACUACGAGGCGAAGGUUUGGGUGGGCGGACAGUUUGUCGGCGGGCAUAGAGGCGGGCAUGUGCCGUUUGAUAUCGACAUCACGGAUGCUUUUGCGAGCGCUGAAACGCAGAGUUUGACCCUCAGAGUGUACGACUCGGCGUACGAUCUGACGCAGCCGAGGGGUAAGCAGUACUGGGGCGCGCAGCCGGAGAGCAUCUUUUACACGCCGAGUGGGGGGAUCUGGCAGAGCGUUUGGAUGGAGGUUGUGCCCCCUGUGAGGAUUGGGGAUUCGAGUUCUGGGACGGUACUGAGGAGCGAUGAUAUUGAGGGUGGGAAGCUGAAGGCUAGUGUUAGAGUGCUGGGAAGACCGGCCGGGUAUGGGUAUGCAGUUGAGAUGGAAGUGAGUUUGGGAGGCGUGGUGGUAAGCAAGACCGAGAAGGUGGAGCUUCCAAGGGAGACGGAUAUGGUGUCUUUUGACGCGGAUAUGCGACUUUCUGGCGAACAGCGCUCAAAUUUACCAGCUACAAUAACAGAAACAGCACCCCUCGACGACCCAACCUGCUGGCUCAACAACACCGCCCUUUGGACUCCCGAACAUCCCACGCUUUACGACCUGACACUUCGGCUCUUCAAUGCGACAGGAUCCCAAGUCGACGAGAUCCACACCACCGCCGGCAUGCGCUCACUCUCCUGGACAUCCUCCACCUUCCGCCUCAACAACCGGCCCUACUUCCAAGCCCUACUCCUCGACCAAGGCUACUGGCCCACCACCUUCAUGACGCCGCCCACGCCCUCCGCCCUCAAACACGACAUCCAGCUCUCCAAAGCCAUGGGCUUCAACGGCUGCCGCAAGCAUCAGAAAGUCGAAGACCCUAUAUUCCUGUACUACGCGGACCGUCUAGGCUUCCUCGUAUGGGGAGAGAUGGCGAACGCGUAUCAGUUCUCUUCCCAGUACGUGGAGAGAUUCGAUGCCGAGUGGAGGGAGGCGGUGAAGAGGGAUAUUAACCAUCCGUGUGUAGUUGCAUGGACGCCUGUGAACGAGAGUUGGGGGUAUACGAAUUUGAAAGACGACGUUGAGCAGAGGAAUCAUAUCAGGAGUCUCUACUACGCGACGAAGACGCUGGAUCCGAGCAGGCCGAUCAAUGAUAAUUGCGGGUGGGAGCAUGUCUGCACGGAUUUGUCGACGUUCCACGAUUACUCCGACGGCGAGGCGCUAACGCAGACGUGUGUGAGUUUGGAGGGUAUAUUGGCGCCGAAAUCCGGACGCGGUAUCUUCGUCCCUUCGACCUCAGGAGAUCCGGGUUCGCGGCAUAAAGACGGCGCUCCAGUGCUUUGCACGGAGUUCGGCGGCAUUAAUAUCGCAAGGGACACUACUGCCUCGGGGGUAAGGGAUUGGGGCUACACGACUGCAAGCGAUCCGAAGGAUCUACUGAAACGCAUCGAGACGAUGAUGGCGGGCAUUGUGAAAGGAGGGCAUAUCUGCGGCUUCGUGUACACACAGCUCACGGACAUUGAGCAAGAGGUUAAUGGACUGUACACGCCUGACAGGAAGGAGAAGCUCGAUCCGGCGGAGAUGAGGAAGAUUGUUGACGGGGUAAAGCAGUACUACCACGGUCUGCAUAAGUAGGAUUUGGACGAGAGAAAAGGGGUAAUCAGCCGCAUAAAAUAAGAGCAUAUAUACGAGAAAUAUCAUGAUCGAACUUUCGCUAUGCUCUCGGUUUGACUCGUAGGCAACAGCUAGCAAAAAAGGAAAGAGUCACCGCUAGUCGAAAGCCAGUAACGAUUGUAAAGUUGCUACGCUCC